AUGGGUCACAUCAACUCGGGGGGGAAGGGCUGCCAACCUCGACCAGCUGAAUCUGUGGCGAUGUUUCACGAAACUUUCUCGGGUCAGAAGCGGGUGUUAGCCGAGGUUCAUAAAUACGUGACGAACGCGACAACCCAGUCCCUUCAAGCCCUGGCGAUGGAGGGUUCUGUGGCUGGCGGCGUUCUCAGCCAGUUCGACGGCGAUUUGAGCCGGGCAGAGUUGACGCGGGCAAUCUCCAAUGAGCUCUUGCGCGAACUUCCACAGCGAACGAGAGGUUCCGCGAGAAAUCUCGAGUUCGUACCACCACCUCCAGGUUUUGAUGCCCCCAACCGCCGCGACGCUGCUCCAAGCCCGGUGUAUUCCUACCGUCCGGCAGACCAGGGUUCUCCAGUCCUUAUCAACUCCCGUGCGCUGUCCCCUGCUGACAGAUCGGAAGCGUCUGUUCAAGACGCUUCUUGCAGAUUGGCGGCAAAUGCGAUCCUUCAACUGCUCCAGUCUCACUCCGUCGCCUGGAAGGCGGGGGCUCCCGCUGACAAUGGAAGAGCGGAAGAGACGGACUGCUGGUCUGUGGCGACACACGGCUCGUCGGGUGACAGCGGGACCGAGCGUCUCUCUCAGAGAGUUCCUCAUGACUUCGGGAAACCCCGCCCGCAUGCGGCUGCUCAAAAAUGUGUCAAACUGUCCACUGCGAGAAAGACUCCGUCGCAUGCAGCGCAGAGCGCCGAGGGUGACCUUGUUGAAAGAGCACUUGCUCCCGGGGUCAAAGUGUUUUUCGGGAAUGUCAUGCCCACGACAACAGAGGAAGAGAUGUAUGAAAUCUUCCGGUCGUUCGGGGAGUGCUCGGGCUUGGUCCUUCUAAGAGACAGGCGCCAGCGACCUCGCGGUGCGGGCUUCGUUACCUUCAAGAGGAAAGAAGAUGCUGAAAAGGCCAUGAAAGCCUUAGACCGAAAAUUCUGUGUCGAGGUCGAGGCGUGA